UCAAACAAUCACAAACGAAACCCCUACUCCUCUCCACCGUCCGAUCACGCCCCAGAUCACCGCCACGUGUCCUACAGUGGUGGUUAUUGGGACCCAGCCCCCGAGUUCUGGAAAUAACCCCGCUCUCUUUCCCUCCAGAUGAACCUAAAGCUCAGCCACAGAGGAAAGCCCAGAGCAAGACAGUAGGAAACCAGUAGAGGCAGCAGGAGCCACUCAGAUUCCUCCACGUCCCCAAUCGCCGGCGCAGCUGAAGCUUCAAUUCAGCUUUGAUUAUUUUCCAAAAACGAUGUCGUUUCUGAGACGGAGAAAGGGGAAGGCGGAGAAUUUGGAGCCGGACCACGAGAGUGAGACAGAGAAGGAACACGAACCCGGUGAGGAGAAGAAAACGACGACGCGUCGUCGGAGAAGGAACCCGAACCCGAACCCGAACCGGUGGUCGUGCGUGGCCAACUGCUGCUGGCUCAUCGGAGUCAUAUGCUCGAUCUGGUGGUUCCUGCUGUUCUUGCUCAACGCAAUGCCGGCGUCGUUUCCUCAGUACGUGACGGAGGCGAUAACGGGUCCGGUUUCCGACCCGCCUGGAGUGAAAUUGAGGAAGGAGGGCUUGACGGCGAAGCACCCGGUGGUGUUUGUGCCCGGAAUUGUCACCGGCGGGCUCGAAUUGUGGGAAGGUCAUAGCUGCGCCGAUGGGUUGUUUAGGAAGAGAUUGUGGGGCGGCACAUUUGGGGAAUUGUAUAAAAGACCAUUAUGCUGGGUUGAACAUAUGUCUCUGGACAAUGAAACUGGACUGGACCCUGCAGGUAUAAGGGUUAGGCCUGUAUCUGGUCUUGUGGCAGCUGAUUACUUUGCCCCUGGUUACUUUGUGUGGGCAGUUUUAAUUGCUAAUUUGGCUCGCAUUGGAUAUGAGGAGAAGACCAUGUAUAUGGCUUCAUAUGAUUGGAGAUUAUCGUUUCAGAAUACAGAGGUUAGGGACCAAACUUUGAGCAGAAUAAAAAGUAAUAUAGAACUUAUGGUAGCUACAAAUGGUGGCAACAAGGUGGUUGUUCUCCCACAUUCAAUGGGUGUUCUGUACUUUCUGCAUUUUAUGAAAUGGGUUGAGGCACCAGCACCAAUGGGAGGUGGGGGUGGAUCAGAUUGGUGUGCUAAGCAUAUUAAAGCUGUAAUGAACAUCGGUGGCCCCUUUUUAGGGGUUCCAAAAGCUGUUGCUGGACUUUUCUCUAUUGAGGCCAAAGACAUUGCUGUUGCCAGGGCUUUUGCACCAGGUGUUUUGGAUAAGGAUGUUUUUGGUCUCCAAACCUUACAACAUAUGAUGCGGAUGACCCGGACAUGGGAUUCAACUAUGUCUAUGAUACCAAAAGGUGGGGACACAAUAUGGGGUGGUCUUGACUGGUCACCUGAAGAAUACUGCCAUUGUGAUGCUAAGAAGUUGAAGAAUAAUGAUACCAAAGAUGCAGAGCCAUAUGGAGUAAAUUAUGGGAGGAUUAUAUCAUUUGGGAAAGACGUAGCGGAGACGCAUUCCUCCAAGAUUGAGAGGAUCGAUUUUAGGGAUGCUGUUAAGGGUAAUUUACUUGCGAAUGCUACCCAUUGUGAUGUAUGGACAGAGUACCAUGACAUGGGUGUUGGGGGUGUCAAAGCUGUUUCAGAUUACAAAAUCUACACAGCUGGAUCAAUUUUGGAUCUGCUUCAUUUUGUUGCGCCCAAAUUGAUGGCACGUGGGGAUGCUCAUUUUUCGUAUGGAAUUGCGGACAAUUUGGAUGACCCCAAGUAUGAACACUACAAAUAUUGGUCAAACCCCCUAGAAACAAGAUUACCAAAUGCUCCUGAUAUGGAGAUCUAUUCUAUGUAUGGAGUUGGCAUCCCUACCGAAAGAGCAUACGUGUAUAAGUUAACUCCUACUGCUGAAUGCUACAUUCCCUUUCAAAUAGAUACCUCAGCAGAGGGUGGAAGCGACAACCCAUGUUUAAAAGGUGGAGUGUACUCCGCUGAUGGGGAUGAAACUGUGCCGGUGUUGAGUGCAGGUUUCAUGUGUGCUAAAGCCUGGAGAGGAAAGACCCGUUUCAACCCUUCUGGCAUUCGUACUUACUUAAGGGAGUACGAUCAUGCCCCUCCAGCUAAUCUUCUAGAGGGCCGGGGUACCCAAAGUGGUGCUCAUGUUGAUAUAAUGGGAAACUUUGCUUUAAUUGAGGAUGUUUUAAGAGUAGCAGCAGGCGCUACGGGAGAUGAAUUGGGUGGAGAUAAAGUGCACUCUGAUAUUUUCAAGUGGUCUGAAAGGAUCAAUAUAGAUCUCUGAGUUACAUGUAAUCCUGUGCUUGAAGAUACACCUGAUGAAUUGUCGGUAGUGCUGGUGGGUGGAAUUAUGGCACCAGCUCUUGUAAUUGCUUUGAAGCCUAAGAGAUGGGUAGCAUAUUGCUAAAACAGACCCAUCAUUGCUAUGGCGAGAUCACAAUUGGUUUGAAGAAUCAGAUCCCACGUUAUGCCAGGCUCAUGGCAAUUUAGAUGCAGCUCACUUAUACAGUUAAUAUAGCUCCAUAGGAUUUGGGAUAUUCAAUUAAUUUAUUGGAUUAUAUAUGUCAAUAAAUUCUUCAAUUAAUCAACGUAUACCUCUUGUAUCUGUAAUUGGUUUGUUAUACUUUAUUGCUUCUCAUUACUAGA